UACCCUGAUCUCGCGAGAAUGUGUAAAAGUUCGAGGUUGCCAUGGCUGCAACCACAACGCGCUGGCGUUCGAGACUGAGAGGGGGCAGAGGCGUCUUGCCCGGGAAGCGGCGCUGACGCCUUGGGGCUGAGGCACCUCAGCAAGGUCUCACUGAUUGGAUACUCUUCAAAAGGACAACAAUGUGAUGAUUCCAGUGUGCAUUAGUUCCAUUGCUUCUGUUACCAUAAUAUCCGACCAGGAAAAUGGCUGAUCCAAAGGAGGUGGUUGAUAGCCACAGUGAAGCAGAUAAAACUGAAGUAUCAGACACUGAAAAGCAAAUGAUAGAUCACACACACAGAAAGCCACCAGAAGAAGAUGAUACAGAGACCGAUCACAUUAGCACUGCAGAGACAUCGGUUCUUCUGAAAGCAAGGACAGAUGUAUCACAGUCAAAUGUGGAUGGACUACAGAAGGAGCAGGAACCAGCUCCAGAGACUUAUGGGGAGGAACCGGAGCAGGAACCCACUUCAGAGGCUCAUGAGCAGGAACCAGGUCUUGAGGAACUAGAGCAGGCAACGGUAGAAGGGCAGAAACCAGGUCUUGAGGAACAUGAGCAGCCAAAGGUAGAAGGGCAGGAACAAGGUCUUGAGGUACAAGAGCAGGCAAGGGUAGAAGGGCAGGAACCAAGUCUUGAAGAACAAGAGCAGGCAAAGCUAGAAGGGCAGGAACCAAGUCUUGAAGAACAAGAGCAAGCAAAGGUAGGAGGGCAGGAACUGGGUCUUGAGGAACAAGAACAGGCAAGCAUAGAAGGGCAGGAACCAGGCCUUGAAGAGGUUAAUGAUCUUGCUGUGAGCAAUAAAGAAUUGCUUGAAAAAAGUGAACAAGGUGCAGCUGAGCCAACUGCUCCAUUAACUAAAGUGACUGAAGAAAUUUCUCAAAUUACUACAGAAACAUUUGUUAAGUUGUUAGCAGCUGAAAUGUACAACUUAGGUAGGAGGCAACUGGAUGAUUUGGAAUCUGAGAGGUCCUUACCAGAAGCAACAACAAAUGCUACAGCAACAGUUAAAAUCAUGUUGGUUCCUGAUAUCCAGAUGAUCACAAUGGCUUUUAACAUUAACCAGUCCGUAGGGAAGCUGAAGCAAUACUUUGCAUCACAGCUAAAAGUACCACAGGAUGUCUUACAGGUCGUGUUUCAAGGGAGGCUGAUUGAGGAUGGUGAAUCUCUAAUGCAUAUUGGAGUUAGGCCUCAUGGAACUAUCCAGAUUGAAAUGUUUUCUCUUGAUCCAGAACAGUACCCAAUCAAAACAAUUAAACUGCAGCAAGACUACAACAUGCCUGAUGUCAUAACUGUGAGAGUGCAAACAGAUUCUGACACAUUCCAGGAUGUAGCAGUAGAGAUCGAAAGGCCUACUUAUCGUAAGCCAUUUCUGGGUGGAUUUAAACAUAGGGUAACAGGCGUGGAAUUUCAUAAUGCAGGAUCACAAACAGUACCCAAAAAACGACGUGACAAAGGAAUUGAAGUAUUUUGCAGGGAGACACAGACCGUUGUGGAGAAGAAUAAACGCCAACAGACUAUAAAUACAACCUCCACACAGAUGACUAAAAUUGGCCUCUAUGUGUCAAACAUGACUGACAAGUUAAGAAGACCAAGAACAUAUCUUACUGCAGAAGAAUAUCAUAAACGUAGACUAGAUGCAGUAAUAGUAUUACAGACAUAUUUCCGACGAUGGCAUGCUAUAAAUGUUGUACAGAAAUUAAGAGAAGAAAAAAGGUUGCGGUUAGAAUGGGAGGUACAAGAAGAGUUAAGGAAAAAAAGAGAGAAGGAAGAAAGAUUGAGAAGGGAGUAUGAACGAAGAUUGAAUCCUAAAACAAAGGAAGACUUUGAACUACUUUACCAUGCUUUAGAAUUAUGGAGACAGGAGGAGAUUGAGCACAUUAACAGCACUUUCACAGGAGCAGAAAGAAAGGCAGUCCUCUGUGCACUUCUAGAACAAGAGACACAGCUGAUUGCGUCCAUUGGGAGACACAAACUAAAUGUUGAUGAAGAGAACCAGCAAAAAGCAAUUCUGUUCUUUUUGGAUAAGUGUGCAGAGCCAAAGAGAUGGAAAGCAUAUGACGGAAAAAUCACUGAAAUGGAUACACAAUUUACAUUACGUGCCAGAGAACUGCUUGAGAUCUACCGCAGCAUUAGUAUGAAAGACCUCCCAAAAGAUGAGAGGCUGGAUGUGCUGUUAACACUAAAGCAUACAGUGAAGGAACAUGGGUGUAAACUCACCCAUGAAAUAGUGGAAUUAAUUGACAGAGAGGCUGAUCUCAUGAUGCGAGGCGUGAAAGAAUGCAAUCUAGAAGGACUGAGAAAAAGAAUAUGUACAUUAUUUCUUCAGUAUAUUAAAACUCCACUCUUUAACCCUGAGGUUGCUAGAAUACUUAAGGUUCCACCAGAUCCAUUAAAGCUUUAUACAAAUAUUUACUUUUGUCAUGGUUGUAAAAGUUACUUGCCAUCUACAGAAUUCUCUGUGCCUGCUAAUUCACGCACUGUCGGCAGGUGUCGCCGUUGUUGCAAGCUUGAUAAUGAGGCCCGACGUCGAGAAGCCUUUUUAAAAUACAAGUUUAUGCUAAAAAAUCUCAGAAAAUCUGAAGCAGAUUACGAGGAUGAUGCCAAAAUUGCUUACAUUGUUCAGCAACAAGAUCUGCAAUACAUGGUGGAGAACAUUUGGGGUUGUCAGUCAGCUCUUAGUGCCUGGAAUGAUCUUUAUGAUUUGGUCAUGGUCAGAUGGGAUAAGCACUAUGAAUGGUCUCCCUGGAACACAAUCCUUCUCACUAAAGAUGAGGCAAAAGCACACCUCAAGCUGCAGAGCCUUCAGGAGGCAUAUGAAAUGGUAUUUAUUCAUAGGAUUAAGCACAAGCAUAUCCUGUCAAAGAACUACUUUUCUCAGAUUCCAGAGAUGGCAUCAUUUUUGCAUAAAGGUGAUGAUCAGACUCAUGCAAAAGAACUGUUAAUAACUAAACUGCUGGUUGAUAGACUCAGUGAGAAUGAAAUUUCUAGCCUUACAGAGAGAAAAGAGUAG